GGUACGUACCGGAAGUUUGGACUAUUGACUGACUGACACGACGACAGUCUGACAGGUUUGUGUUUCGGUCUUCGAUUUCUCUUCUUUGGUUCGAGUUUUGUCAGUGACGCGAUAGCAUUAGUUUAGCAUACAAUGACAGUCUCAGAUCUAUAGAAAUGAUUAUCAGCAGUAAGAAAAACACAGUUCGAAGGAAAAGCCACUUGUAUCGGUUGCCGGUGUUUGAGCGAGAUGGACGUGCGAGCAUAACAUAUGACACACGCACAAGGUGUCGGAACAGCAUGGCUUACAUCGGAUUAGGGUUUGUGUUUCUGGUUAUCGCACCCUACCUAGUCUACAGCCAGGCCAGUGGUGUCGCUGGGGAACAGCCAGCCUCCCACCAAGUCAGUCAGUGGACAGACUUCUGGUUGUUCCGCCUCGGGGUCAACAUCCUGGGAUAUGCCACCAUCUUUGUUCCAGGAGCUCUCCUCAUCAGCUACUUGCGGAAGAGCAAAUACAAUGAAACAGCAGGCCCUGGAUGCUUGUCCAACUUCACUGUGUUGUGUGUGUUCGGGAAGGAACAUGAGAAGGCCAGCUUGGAGGAAGGUCAACAAACUCAGGACAAGUCGGACCCCGGGGGAUCAACCCCGGUCAACCAGGGGCUGAAGCUGCUUUUCUGCUUCACUGGACUCCAGUUCUCCUACCUCACAUGGGGCUUGCUGCAGGAGCGCAUCAUGACAUUCCAGUACGGCAAGACUGACACAGCCGAAGGAGAGUACUUCAAGAAUUCCACCUUCCUUGUGUUUGUCAACCGAAUUCUAGCCUUCAUGAUUGCAAUUUUGGUUAUCUUCUGUAAGAAGCAGCCCCCUCAUACAGCCCCACUGUACAAAUACUCCUACAGCUCGUUCUCCAACAUCAUGAGCAGCUGGUUCCAGUACGAGGCUCUGAAGUAUGUCAGCUUCCCAACACAGGUCCUAGCAAAGGCUUCCAAAGUCAUACCGGUGAUGCUGAUGGGGAAAGCUGUGCAGAAGAAGACAUAUGAAUACCACGAAUAUUUCACAGCUGCUUUGAUCUCUGUUGGUGUCAGCAUGUUUCUUCUCACCAGUGGCGAUGCCACACGAGACAAGGGAACAGUGACGACCUUCUCAGGCGUCAUCCUACUGGUAGGUUACAUGCUGUUUGAUAGUUUUACCUCCAACUGGCAGGGGGCGCUGUUCACCCAACACAAGAUGUCCUCCAUACAGAUGAUGGCUGGUGUGAACAUGUUCUCCUGUCUCCUGACGACUGUGGCUCUGAUUGAACAAGGCGGGUUCCUGGAGUCCUCAAGCUUCAUGGUCCGCCAUCCUGACUUUAUAUUCCACUCAGUUGUCCUCAGUAUCUGCUCUGCUUGUGGACAGCUCUUCAUCUUCUACACCAUCGCCAGCUUUGGUGCCGUGACAUUUGUGAUCAUCAUGACAGUGCGACAAGGUUUGGCUAUCCUGCUCUCGUGCAUGAUCUAUGGCCACCCUGUCACAAUCUUAGGAGCAUUUGGCAUUGGUACAGUUUUCCUAGCUCUCUUCUUACGUAUUUAUGCAAACAAGAGAAAGCGGGAUAUGAAAAAAGCACAGGCUUCUCAGUCGCAACAGCCAGGAGUGGUCACAAAAGUAUGAUGCAGAUCAGGACUGCCAUAGAAGGAAUCCGAUAUUACUCAAGCCUGAUGCAUUUGUGUGCCAGGACAAUGGUGGGAUGUAUGUAUGCGUACAGUUAUGCAUUGGGCAGGGGGUGUGUCCAGGAGGUAAGAAUAUCAUGUGGGAAUCUGUAUUGGAGUAUAAUCUUUGUUCAAACCCUGUACAAUACUUUGCAUACUGUGUUUAGGAUCAAAGCUUAAUUUAUUUCCUGAAUCCUUUGUGGAGGAACAAAUGGACAAGAAUACUCAGGACGUGAGGUGGCGGUGGUGGACUCAAGCUUAUUUAUGUGAUCUGUCUCUUCUGGCACCAAUGUUAACUACUUCACUAGUCAUGAUGGGUGGUGAAACCUGGGGCUGGGAUCUUUGGAUGCUUUUUGAUUCAGUAGUGAUCAUCAAAUAUUGAACCAUGCAACUAAAGAAGGUUGGGAAAAAGCACAGUCACAAAUCAAGGGAUGUAGAAGAGUUGGUCAGCUAUGGCAUCUGUUGGUCAGCAAUGUCACGUGCUGGUCAGCCAUGUUGUGUGUUGGCCGGCUAUGUCGUGUUGUCAACAAUGUCAUCUGUUGAACAUUAUGAACUCAAAUUUAGGAAAGGUGAGCUAUCACAUUGUUUGAAGCCAACAAUAACCAUUGGUGCUUCAGUACAACAGUAAUACAUUGUAGUUGAUGGCACACACAUCUUCCUAGUGAUCUUCACAGGGCACUGGUCAUAAUAGUGUAUUCAAUGCACCAGUAGGCAGACACAGCUAUAAACCACAGUAUUAGUGAUCUUCCUUCAGUUGAGCUUUGAUCAAACAUUAAUUAAGCAAGGGUUGGGUGUCAUGUCUGCAUCUGUUUAUUUUAUUUAAAGAAUAUUUUGUUAUCUUCAUUGAUCUUGACAUUGUGUGUACCAUGUGUCCACUUCAUUGUCUACUUCAGAAAUACUGCAAGCAUCAACUUUGACCACUUGGGGUGUACAACAGGCUUUAAGUAUUAACAUUGACAAAAUUGACUAUUUCAAUUGUUAGCAUGGUUUGAGCAAUUUUUAGUUUGAACUUGAUCUUUAUCAUUUCAAUGUUUAAAGAAAUUAGAAACUUUAAUUCAAGUGAACAACAUGGUAACAGGCAUCACAUUUUCUAUUCCAAUAUUCAAUUCCAAUUUCUAUUUUCAAUAAUAACUUCAGAAACCGUAUACAACACUACGAAAUCAAUGACAUCGUUCAGUGCAAUAGUACAACACAAGCUCCUCCCAUUUCAUUAUCAGCCAAUCAGGAAACGAUUGUCUGCCUUAUGUUUUUUUCGGCUUAUGGAAACAAACGCUAAUCUUGCUCUGUUAGCCAAAUCAAUGCCAAAUGAAUCACUUGCAACUUCUUCAUACGCUUUAAACUUACUAAAACAGUUGAUAUUGAAAGGAUGGAAAAACAUACAAAAACCUGAUAAUUUUGAAGAGCUUAUUAUUUAGCAAGACUACAAAUAAGUGUUCAUAUUACACUGCCUACAGUCAGCUUCCCAAGGCAAGGGAGGUAACUGACUAUAAAAGUGGAAACUGGAUUGUUUUGUGGUCAGUUAACUCCCUUGCCUCGGGAAGCUAGCCUGGGUGUUCACAGUUGUUCUCAGCUGCAGAUCCUGUUGUGACUGGUACGUCAUGUACAUGUUAUAUGUAUCAUAUACAUCAUAUAUAUUAUUGACAUAUAUAUUUUUUGUACGUUACGGCAUUUUGUUUUGGUUACAGCUGUGAAAGCUGGUUGUAACGUGUCAUGAAUAAUAGCACUGAGCACAUGCACAUGUGAGAACAAACUUGGUAUAGAGGGUGAGAGUGACACUAGGACCAUAGUGUGGACCUGAAUGGGUGUGGUAGGUUGCUUGGUAAUGGUGGCAUACAAACGUAUCCCACUUGUGCAUGUUCAGCUUCACUUAAAGGUAAUAAAAUGUACACAAUUCAAGAACACCAGCUGCUGUCCUUUAGUCAGGGAUCAUCUAUUUGAUAUUCUAGGGGGCCUGGGAUUUUAUCGAAAAAGACAAAUUGUCCCCCAAAAAAUCUUGAAAGAAAUAAUUUUGCAUCAAACUCGAAUAAAAUCAGGCUCCUAAUUUUAAAUGCAAAAAUAUCUGGCUUUGUUGCUGUGGCUGGAAAAAUAUCUAAUCUCGAUACAAAAUCCCAGCCCCAGCACCCCCCCCGAAUUUCAAAUGGUCGAUCCCUUACGUAACUGCAGUUACGUUAUAUGUAUUAAAUGUAAUAUUGAGAUGCAGUAUUUAUCAUGUUUACAUGUGCUGGCACUCAACAGCUGUGUGCAUGGAUGCAAAAGUUAUGUUCUGUUGAGGAGUUUAAAGUUCCACGUUGUUUGUUAAGCCAGUUGGAUUACAGCAUUUACUGUUAUCUGUUAUCCUAAUUGUCCUCACCAUAUCCUUGUCACUCACAUGCCAGUCGUCGGAGGGCCUUGGUCAUGUUGAUCAUUGUUUGUAUAUGGUCCUACUCAAAGGAAGAAAUGAGAGAUUAAGGACUUUUUUAUACCUGUUUUACAGAUUUUGGAGAAAACUUGCACAAGUUCCUGGUGAUUCUGUUAAAUUUUAUUAAAGAAAUGAAAAAUGUGAAAAAUCGAUUGAUAUGGGAAUGGAAGUAACUCUGGUCAUGUAACUUGUCAAGUUUCUUCCUCUACUUCGUCAUUUCACUCGGGGACCAACCACAUUUUUUUUAUUUGCGACCAAUAUUGGAUUAUUUUCUUUCUGUAAGUCACGUUAUAACAACAGUACGAUGCAUGUUAAUAGAGUGACAACAAUUCAACAGUAUUAUCUCCUUGUUAUGUUGAUGAAAGUCUUCCAUGUAUGUCUGAAGGUACAUUCGGCCAUCACCUUGCCAUUUAUUCCGAUUUAACGAGAAACAAUUUCUCUAGGCAUGAAAAUAAUUGUGAAUUUAUUAUUUUGGUACAAAAUUGGGAUUUUUUAAGAUGUUUCACCUUUAACAUUGCAUUCAAUAAUGUAACCUCAAAAUGACUUCCUCUUUACCGGUCCUGUGAAAUACAGGUCAGCUUGACCAAGCCAUCACAUUAGUAUAUUACUACUAUAUUAACAUAAAGUAGGAAAGUUUUAAUUCUCAUUUGGGAAAGUUUUAAUUCUCAUUUGGGAAGUUUUCCUGCAGAUUUUGGGCCAAAUACCGGCCUCUGAGCCAUUCUAGAUAGAGCCUUGGUCCAAACUGAUCGAGAUUAACACAAUACAGGAAUGUGGUGGUGAACAUUAAGGAAAAGGAAGAGCUUUGGCUCGAAAAAUGCUACUUUUGGGUGUUCACGUAUUUUCUGGCAGAUUCCAGAUGCAGUUUGUCUAGUUAUAUAGACAUCACGAAGAUCCAUAUUUGAAUAUUCUCUGAAUGGUAAGAGACUUAAUACAUCAACACCUGCUUAACUUCAGUGGUGGCGUGGUCAUACAGUUGAAAUCCUCAAAGGAUUGAUUUAGUUUGGAGACACAAGUAUACACAUACAUAUACGCACAAAAGAUCUGAUUUAUUCCACCAGAGCACACUGCAUUAUAUAUGUCAUUAUUCAAACGGAACUGGGUCCUCAGACAACAAGGCAACACUGAGUGUUUCUACAAUUAUUCUUCACAUACUCCUCAUUGUGAAGUAUCUCCAUAAUGUUCAUUCUUUAGUUCUGUAAGAACUUCACCAUUGUUUUAGACAUCACUCUUUUGAGUUCAAAACUCUAGGAACAUAAAGUAAUUUCUCUACAUUGUAUUCCACCUCUCAAUUUCUCAUUUGAUUAAAAUUGACAUUCGGUGUGUAUCCCAAUAACUCCCCAGGUACUCAAUUCCAUAAAUAAGUCAUUGUCAGCUUGUUCCUAUAUUUUCUAUUCAUGGAAUAAAUCACGUCCUAUGAUCUCAGUUCAAUAGAGCGUCAUCUUGUGUGCGAAGGCCAUGGCAGGAGCUGUGGAUCAAGAGUCCAUGUAUUCUGUAUUGUGACUGGUUCAGUGGGAGUGAAAGUCUAGAAUCUCUAUCUACCUGACUAUUACUCUUCUGGCAUACUCAAUAGAUAUUUUCCACUAGGAAAGUCACGGAUGCACUAACAGCUAACAUAUUUGUUAACUAGCCGUGACAAAUGAUUAUAUAUACCUCUCAUUAGGGACUGGUUGUUUAUUAUAUACUGAACAAAGAUAAUGAAUAUUUUGGGGGAUAUUUUUUCUGUAGUGAAGAUUAAGCACACAAUUUCAUAAAAUAUCCCCCAAAAUAUUCAUGAUCCUAACUUUGGCAAGAACACGGGAUUUGAUUUACAUUUUAAAAAAAUGUAACCUUGUUGACAGUGCUUUAUCUUCCAUGUUCUCAUUUCCAAUUUAAGUUGAAAUCCAUGACAAGAUAUUUUAACGAACUGGUGAUUUUCUUUUUCAGAAAAAACUUGUAUGUGAUGCUUAUGUUAUAAACAUGGGGGUAUACAUGUUUAUGUGGAAACAUGUCAUAUAGCUCGUAUGUACAAGAUGUAUGUCUGUGUAAAUAAAACAAAUUAUGGUAAUA